AUGUCAGAAGGUGGAGAACAAGUUAGUAUUGUUAAAGAUGAAAUAAUCCGCCAACCGGAACCAAUUCAGCAGCUCACUGAGAAUUGUAUUGGAGAACAGACAGCGUCUCUUAGUGACAAUAGUUCUACCAGCACCCCAUAUCAACAACAACCGUUUGAAGGUGCUAAUAACGCUAUAACUGAUUUGGAAUCUUCUAUUACCACACCACCACAAGCUGAAGAACCUCAACAAAUGGAUAUUUCUGAAACACCUAAAGCUCCCCUAGCAGAUGGUACCUCAAUGCAAAAUGAAAACGUACCACCAACUAAUAAUGCUUCUCAACAGGAAACCUGCGAACUUGUGGAACUUCCAACCCGUAUGUAUUUGGACAGAACUGUAGUCCCAAUACUUCUACAAGGCCUUUCAGCGCUUGCAAAAGAAAGACCUGAACAACCAAUUGAAUUUUUGGCUAAUUUUUUACUUUCCAACAAGGAACGUUACAAUCCAACAUUAGUUUCUAAACCUUCAGAAUAA